AUGUUGAGAUCCUUGAUGCACUUGCGUACCGGCUCUCGUAGAGCAUUGACCUUCAGCCAAAAGGCUAGAUUAACUACAAGCUCCCGUCAAAUUCGUGGUGCACAACCCUCCUUAAUUGAGGCAGAUCACGAUUUCACCCAGUUCCAGAAUUUCACCAAAAAAGUAUACACUGUUCGCCCUGUCGCAUUUUGGAUGGACAAAAUUUUGGAGAAGGAAAACAAGCGAUCAUUAGACAUCCCCUUCAAUCAAUAUGAGCACGUUACUGUCAAAAAGACAAUGUCUGACAGCUACAUGGAGGAAUACCUUCCCUUCAAAUCCUCACCCACAUUGUUGGAUGAAUAUGUCACCACAGGUGGUAAGAUCAGAAUUGGCAAAAUUCUCGAAGAUCUCGAUGCUUUGGCUGGUGCCAUCUCGUACAAGCAUAUGGACACAUUUGCGGCUGGUCCUCCCAUGACAGUGGUUACUGCCAGCGUAGAUCGUAUGGAGUUGCUCAUGCCCAACACCGUGGAAGAUUUCAAGCUUUCUGGCCAUGUCGCCUAUGUCGGUAAAAGCAGUAUGGAAGUAUUUGUCAAAUUAGAGACAAUGCCCAAUUACAAUCCAGAGAGUGUAGAAGCAUCCCCUUUCCCUCCUCAAGAUUUCAUCGCCGAACCUACUGCAAAUACUGUCUUAUUCGCUCGUAUCACCAUGGUCGCUGUUGAUUCAGUAACUGGGAAAUCUGUCCGCGUUAACCCUUUGGUGACACGCACUGACAAGGAAAAAAAGAUUUCAGAAUAUGCUCAAGAUUGCAAAGCUCACAAACGACUCGUCGGUGAAUCAGCUCUCAGCAAGGCUCCUCCUACUGAAGAUGAAAGAUUGACCCUUCAUGACAUUUACAUGAACUACUCCAAGCAAGAAAAAGCGGCUGGAUCAACAGAGCCCAGUGUCUGGAUGGAAGAUACCAAGUUGCAAAGUGUCUUUUUGAUGCAGCCUCAGGAUCGCAACAUUCACAACAAGGUCUUUGGUGGGUAUCUGAUGAGACGUGCUUACGAACUAGCACAUGCUACUGGCUCCGUCUAUGCCAAGUCGCCUGUAAAUCUGCUAUCCUUGGAUGAGAUCAUUUUCAAGAAGCCUGUACCUGUUGGUUCCUUGCUAAACCUCUCUUCCCAAGUCAUCUAUGCUCAAGGUGACCCUCAUAAAUCAUUCCAAGUGAGCGUUACUGCCGAGGUAACGGACCCUGAGGCUGGCACCACUGAUCUUACCAAUACGUUCCACUUCACCUUGGCUGCUCAAGAUAAGCCAGUGCCUAAAAUUUUGCCUAGAACCUAUGCUGAGAGUAUUUUAUAUCUGGAAGGAAAGAGAAGACGUGAACAAGGAGUUCAAGCCAAGGAGCAAUUGUUGAGUUUAAUGUCUACCAACGACCAACACUAA